UUUUUUUUUUUUUUUAAAUUCUCCCCCAAUUGAGAACUUUUCAUCUCUGAAUUAGGGUUUUGGAGAAUCCUUGUCCUUGUCUUCUUCGGCUGCUGAUAAUAAGGUGUUUUUACAAGAUAUGGCUGGCUCUGCUGGUGAAGAAACUGAGCCGGAAUGGAUUCAAAGACUGAAAUCAGAGGGAGCUGUGCCAUGUCUUAAGCCAGAAGACUGCAAAAAUGGUUGGACUACGCCAUCUCCUGACACAUUUAUGGUUAGAGGCCCCAAGUAUUUCUCUGACAAAGUUAAAAUGCCUGCUGGUGAUUUCCUUCUAAAGCCUCUCGGUUUUGAUUGGAUUAAAGGUCCCACGAAGCUGUCUGAGAUCCUGAGUUAUCCGAGCAGCCGAAUCAGGAAAGCUAUCGAUGAUGAGUUUCAAACUGAUGGCACUAAGCCUUUUGUCUGGGCAUUCAAUCUUCAGCUUCCUCACAAAGACAAUUACAGUGCUGUGGCUUACUUUGUUACCACUGAGCCUAUACUUGAAGGCUCCAUGAUGGAUCGGUUUCUGAAAGGAGAUGAUGGGCUCAAGAAAUCUAGGCUUAAGCUGAUUGCAAACAUUGUCAAAGGCCCUUGGAUUGUAAGGAAAGCUGUUGGAGAGCAAGCCAUCUGUGUGAUUGGACGUGCACUCUCUUGCAAAUAUGUUUUAGGAGAAAACUUUGUGGAGGUUGAUGUUGAUAUCGGUUCAUCAAUGGUCGCUAGUGCCAUAGUUCAUCUCGCCUUUGGCUAUAUUACAACACUGACAGUUGAUCUUGCGUUCCUCAUUGAGAGUCAGACAGAAGCAGAGCUUCCAGAAAAGCUAUUAGGAGCUGUGAGGUUCUCUGAGCUGCAGACGGAGUCAGCCACGUCUGUUGAGCUGUCCAGUAAUGGGGAUCAGACUAGCUCAGAGCGGUCGAGCUGGUGGAAAUCGAUUGGUAAUGGAUUCUCUAAUCUGCUAAAUCAAGAUACAGCCAACAUGAACAAUACUUGUAAUGGUAGUAUCCAGAAAGAUGAACAUGUGCAGAAGCAGUAAUUGUUUUGGGGAGUAAGCUUUUACAAUUCUUUAAAAAUUGUUUUGGAUUUCAUUACCAAACUAAAACAACAUUCUCAACUCUGAUCAAAACUGCAAAUGUGUAUAGAUUGGUUUUUUUUUACUAAUAUGGAUAUCCAACAACAAUUCAUAGUGGA